AUAAAUAAAGGUGGGUUAAUUUUGUUUGGGAAAAGCUAGAACUAGAAACCAGGAAGCACAUGCCCUUCCACACAAAGACAAGGAAAUAAGGCCCUCCUCGGUUGGAACAAAUCAGACAGGCUCUUGCUUUAGUGUUUCUCUUGUUCUUCACAGCCACUCUCUAUAUCUCUUUCCCCAUCUCCCUCUUCAAAUAUACCUCAUCUAACAAAACUCAAUAAUCCUAUUUACAUUCACGUUGCUUCAUGAAGAUCAUUUUGUGCAUGCCCCUAUUUCUUGUUUGAAUCUAACCUACUUGCUUCAAAUGUCAAUUGUAUUUUCUAUGCUACUUCUACUCUUUCUAGGGUUUUCAUGUGGUGCUCCAGCUCUAGGAGUCGUUGCUGAUCACCACUCAAUCAACAAGGAAAGUGAUGAGAAGUUGAAUCCGGAUCAUGCUAGGGUUUCAAUGCACAAUGUGAAGGAAGGUGAUGAUCUUGAUCAUGAUCUUGAGGUUGAUGGAGGGAAGGUAGCAUCGGAGCGGUGGAAGGUGCCUCACCGGAAGAAAGGGGAGGCGGAGCCGGGGUUUAACUUGGACUAUUUACCGCCCAAAACGCAUCCUCCUGUCCACAACUAAAAUUCCCCGCGUUAUAAAAAAAGUUUCUAUCAGUGACAUGAGACUUGGUAGCUAAUAUUCGUGUAACUAUUACUGAUUAGCUACAUCAUCAAAUCUCACUAUUUUUUAUGACACACGUAAUAGCUAUUAAGCCUCAUGUCACUAGUGGAUUUUUUUUUGGAGUGCCCAAACAUCUUGUGCAUGUUUGUGUUUUUUUUUUGCUUCGUUUAUAUUUGUAAAAGCUAGUUAAUUUGGAUCCACACUUUGAGUGCCCUAGCUAGGGUUAUGUUAACAUUAGGGCACGUAUCUUGAUAUAUUAUCACAUAUAUAUAUAUAUAUUAAAAGGAUACUAGAAAUUGCCAUGAUAUUGCCCUAAUUAUCAUGCCUAGCUACUUAUGUAUAUUUGAGAACGUUUUUGAGGAUGAAUUCAUGCACAUUUUGCAAUCCUCAUAAUUAGAGUUGAUUCAAGAUAUGGAGUUUUAGUUUAAU